ACGUGCACAGUUGGUCGUGUGUGUGUGUGUGUUGAAGCAAGAGCGCGAGUGCCGCGAGUGCCGCGAGUCGCCGGACAACGACGGAGAGAGAAUCAAAAAGAGAAAGAGCGAAAUACUUGACUCUCCUCGUGAGAGAGCAGAGAGUAGCUCGUGUAGAAGAGAGAGUCAGUUGAUCGUCGUCAGUUAGUCGUCCCGGCGGAGUGCAAGCGAGUGCGUGUGUGGUGUGUGCAGGUGCCGGAGAGGAGGCAACAGCCGGAGUAGAAGACGUUUUGUCUUCUGCCCUUCGCGUCGUCGUCGUCGUGUUGUUUCAACCCCCUCUCCCAAUCCACCCUUGACUCAUCAGAGCUCCCUUUUUGCUCAUCGUCCAUAAAUUUGAAGGUCACCCCACGAUCCUCCCGGUCGGGUUGCCCUCUGCGUCGUCGUCGUCGGCAUACUUACAGUGGAGAACCAUCAGGAGGAGGCGGUGGUGGUGGUGGAGAAAGAAAAAGUGGAGCCGUGCCGGAUAAGCCGCAGCUGUUUUAAUCGAGGAGGCGGUGCUGCAGGAGCGCGGAAGAGGUGAGGCGGAGGGCCCACCGAUCAGCCAACAGCCAAGGAGGGUGUAGGCAAAUAACAUAACACACGAUAUCAUGGCCGGACAGACGAUAAACGACAGAUUGCUGGCCGCGAGGCACAGCCUCGCUGGCCAGGGCCUCGCCAAGUCCGUCUGCAAGGCCACCACCGAGGAGAUGAUAGCGCCCAAAAAGAAGCACCUGGACUAUCUCGUCCACUGCACAAACGAGCCGAACGUGUCGAUUCCGCAGUUGGCGAAUCUGUUGGUCGAAAGGUCGCAAAACACAAAUUGGACGGUGGUUUUCAAGGCGCUCAUCACAGUACAUCACAUGAUGUGUUACGGGAACGAGAGAUUUACGCAGUACCUAGCCUCGAGCAACAGUACGUUUCAGCUCAGCAACUUUCUCGACAAAAGCGGCGUGCAAGGAGGACAAGCGCGCAUCGGAUACGACAUGUCUCCGUUCAUCAGGAGGUACGCGAAAUACUUGAACGACAAGGCCAUGUCCUACAGAUCGGUCGCCUUUGACUUUUGCAAAGUCAAGCGGGGGAAAGAGGAGGGCACGCUUCGGACGAUGAACGCGGAGAAGCUGUUGAAGACGCUGCCGGUGCUGCAGAGCCAGCUCGACUCGCUGCUCGAGUUCGACUGCUCGGCCAAUGAUCUCACGAACGGAGUCAUCAACAUGGCCUUCAUGCUGCUCUUCCGAGAUCUCAUUCGGCUGUUUGCCGGCUACAACGACGGCAUCAUUAAUCUCUUAGAAAAAUACUUCGAUAUGAAUAAGAAACAAUGCCGAGAGGCUUUGGAUUUGUAUAAAAAAUUUCUCGUCAGAAUGGACAAAGUAGGCGAAUUCUUGAAAGUGGCAGAAAACGUAGGUAUCGACAAAGGAGACAUUCCAGAUCUGACCAAGGCUCCCAGCAGCUUGUUGGACGCGUUAGAGCAACAUUUAGCCUCGCUAGAGGGUAGGAAAGGUUCGGCGGCUAAUACGCCGACCCAGUCGGCGAGCAAUCGAACGAAUGUAAAGUCGGGAGUGUCCGCCCUGUCUUCCACCAGCACUGCCUUCGGCACCGCGGUGAGCAAUCAGCGGCUGGAUAGCACUGGAAAUGGACACAUAGACGACGCCGUUAGGCAGCAGGUCCUUGCCGAGGAGGAGGCUGUCUUGAACCAGUACAAGGCCAAAGUACAAUCACCAACAUCGGCGAGUACGAAUCCAUUUCUUAGCUCACCUACUAACAACUCUGGCCAACCGAUCGUUGACUUAUUUGGAGGUGGUGCAUCCCUGGCCGAUAAUCAGAAGGCGUCGGAUGAUUUGUUACAACUGGCAGGAAAUCCAUUUGCCGACAUGUUUGGGGCACCCCAGCCAGCUGCUACAGCGGCAGCGGCAGUGCAACCAGCACCGGUACAGAAUAACAUGUGGAUGACUAACGGUAAUGGUUUCGCCAUGGCAGCACCGGCAACUAAUAACUUUGUUACAGAUAACAAUUUCUCUUCCGUCUUUGGCAGUCAGGAUCAGCAGACCGCUGCCGCCCCAGGAGCCGGCUUACCGAAUCCCUUUGAUCCCGAAUUCCCAUCCUCGGCUCCCCCAGACACCACAGCCGACCACCAGCAGCAGUUCCAGCAAAUGGCAGGGGGAUUGGAUGGCCAGGCGGGCGCCGGCGGAGACCUGUUCGGCGGUCAGGCGGCAGACCUGUUUGGGGUCGACGGGGCAGUGGCGCAUGGACCAAGCGACAACAUAGCCGGCGAGCAGCCGCAGCAGAGCGUCCAUCAAGCCACUGCCGCGCCGCCACCCAGACCACCGCCUCCUGGGGCCCAAGGUGGCACGCCGCGCUCCGCCUCGCCCGCCCAGCCGGCCAAGAGCGCGUUCGACGACCUCAACGACAGCAUAAGGAUGGCCCUUGGUGGCUCUCCCUCGCGCUCGACCCCCAUGGCCCAACAGCAACAGCAGCAACAACAACAACCAGCUCAGCAGCAACCGCCACCCGGUGCUUUUCCCGUGUACGAUAUGAACCAGCAGGCCCAAAUGAUGGGUGGACCGAUGAUCGGCGGCUACGGGGUCGCUCCCUCCCAAGCCCAACUCCCCAUGGGAUACGGAUCCCCGGCUAAGCAGCCGCUGCCAGCAGCUGGACAGCCGGCCGCAGCGGCCACGGCAGCCAACGCCGGCAAGGUGCUAACCGGCGACCUCGACAGCAGCCUCGCCAGCCUCGCCCAGAACCUUAGCAUCAACAAGAGCGCCCAGCCGCAAAAGGGCAUGCAGUGGAACUCUCCGAAAAACACGGCCAAGGCGGGUGGACCAGCUGGCGGAUGGUCGCCUCAGCCGAUGGCGGCUACCACGGGCGCGGGUUAUCGUCCAAUGGGCCAAGGAAUGACGCAACUCCCCGCAGCAACCACUAUGGGCUUCGCAACCCAGCCUGCGCCGCUGAUGAUGCAGGGCGCGCCGAUGGGCAUGCAGGGCCCGAGGCCGAUGAUGGGCGCUGCCCCCGGGGGCAUGGUCAUGAUGGCCGGGGGUCCGGCACUGGUGCAGCAGCCCCAGCAAGGCGUGAUGCCAGGGACACCGCAGAUGCAACAUCAACAGCAGCCCGCGCCAGCCCAGGUCCAACAGCCGCCCCAGGCUAACCAGGUGCAACUCGACCCCUUUGGCGCACUGUGAGCUAGCUAGGAGGAAUUCAAUUGGAAGUAAGGUCGAGACAAUGCACCAAUUACUGUAAAUAUUGUGUAAUAAUACCCACAUAACCGAGGUACGUAAAACAACCCUGGCUUCUAUUGAGUUUCGUCGUCUUGUUUUUUUUCCUCCUUGGAUUUUCGCUCGUUCGCAACGCAACGAAGUAAAACAAAAAAAAAUUAAUAUUGCAAUCAAUCACGACUCUCCUCCGAUGGAACGAUGGCGUCGAUAACGACAGAGACAAAAUCUCAGGGUGGACGUUCUUACGAAAAAUAUUACUGUUCAAACGAACAGGAAAUGGAGUAUCAAAAAACGAAAACAAAAAAAAAAAAAAAAAAA